AAUGUUUUGUCCAAUCGCGUCCGAUCUCUGCGUGUUCCGGUUCUUUGUCAUCAAUGGGUCGCCGGGCGAGUCCAUUUCUAGUGCCACUUGAAUACAAUUUACGCAUUAUUUGAGCUAAUUUUUGAUUUUAUAUGGUGCUGGACGAAAUCCCUUCGCUUAUCCUUGCGAUAUCGGUUAGCCCGAGACGUCCAGGCGGACAGUAUUCAGAAGAAUUUGGUGUUAGGCCCUUUCGGUAUUAAUGAGCCGUACCCACUUCAGCUGACUGCGUCGUACGCAAGGCUACUCCAACUAAACUAGUAGUAGUCCGGCGUUCGAGGGAGGCGGUCGGGUGCUCGUUCGCGGUAGUGAUUUGCGGAUAUGUCAUUGAGGAUUACAAUGGUUUUGGAACGUUUUCCAUAGACUCGAAACAGUUUUGAGAACGUCCCGACGAGUUAAGCUUAAUUCGAUAUCGAAACGGGGAGUGUGCCCGUCGGUAGGGCGCAGUGCAAGUGAGUGUCGCGGUGGACGAUAGGUCGAGCUGAGGCUCAAUAAUGCUCAAAUUCUUGACUCAUAAGCUACGAACGCAUUCGUUGAAUGAGGAGAACGUUUCCGAGAAGGUGGAGGAGCGAGACUCCGGCACCGAGUCGGACGACGAGGCGGAGCGCGCCGACACCGGUGAAUAUUGCGCCGACGUCAUCAUGAAGUGGAACGACGUCACCGAUAUCAGUAUGAGCGGCGAAGCGUGUGCCUGCGCGCCGACGCCGCGACCGCCCGCCCCGGAGCCCGACCAGCUUUACGACCACCACUCCUCUGAGGAGGAAUUAGAGGUGAUCAACGGCGGGCCGACGGGUGCAGCAGCGGGCACUGCGCGGGGCGAAGGGCGCGGCGAGGGGCGCGGGGAGGGGCGGCGGCGCGGCGCCUCGUCGCCGGCGCGCGCGGCCCCGGAGAAGCGGCGCUGGCCGGCGGAGCCCUACGACGACGAGCUGGCGGCGCGCGCGCCCUCCUCGGACGACGACGACACUAAGGUGGAGACGCCAGUGCGAUUCCGCACCUCACCACCUCUAGAAGCGCUGAAGCCCCGGAGAGCGGGUGCGGGGGUUAGUUCCGCGGGGCCGGGGGCCGGUGGCGCGGCGGGCGCGGCGGGCGCGGGGGACGCGUGCUGGCGCGCGCCGCCGUCGCCGCGCCGCCGCCGGCUGCCGCUGCCGCCGCCCCGGAGACAUCGCCCGGCGCUCGAUUUUGAUAAAAUGCAACAGUUGAAGGUCGGCGGCGGCGGCGUACGGUCGUGGCGCGCGGUGGGCGGCGCGCACGGCGGCGAGCUCUCCGUGUUCUGCUGGUGAUGUCGCCGGCGCACUGCAGAUUCAGGGAGUCGCCCGCAAGCAGUACAAGCCUGGCCCUACGCGUGAGUCCGCGCUGCGGUACCGGUACGAUACCGGCGCGGUACAGGCACGGUACCGGCGCGGUACAGGCACGGUACCGGCGCGGUACAGGCACGGUACCGGCGCGGUACAGGCACGGUACCGGCGCGGUAUCUGCGCGGUACCGGCGGGUGUCGCGGGCCCACGGCUCCCACGGACGAUUUUAGACGACUAUUUGACUUUCAUAUCAUUGUAUUGAAUCGAGAUCGCUCCAGUGUUAGUUCCUUUACACUCAAUGAUCAAAGUACAAACUUACCGAUAGAAACAGUCGCGCCGACCGAACGUAGUUUUUGGAAGUAUUUACUCAUUUUGAAUACCGCGUUUAAGCCGUUAUAUACCGGGACGCGACCGGGCGUUUUGUACGAGGCCAUUGUUAGUCACGUAACGAGUUUUUUUAAUUAGUCGUUGUGAACGGUGUCGUUGUUAGCCCCGUGCGGGUCGCUUGUGGCCCCGUGUGGGGGGCAUGGGGCCCGCACGGGGAGGGGGGGGGCACAAGUGUGACCUCACGUUUUUGAUCUCGAAUUGCGACUGAGACGCCGGGCCUUUGCGCUCAACGAAACGGAGCCCCAGUUUACGUCUCCGCACUUUCUUUUAGCGCAAAAUCUCGAGCCGCGCAUACGUGAUUCCUUUAUAGAUUAUCAAAAUAUUUUUAUGAGUUCAACGUCGACCGGCACGAGCGCGGCGGCCUUUUGUGCAAUAUGGAGUUUUUUAUGGUCGGUUCGGGAUCGACUCCGCCCGUCCCGUGGUGUGUACAGAGAGGAUAAGAUGGCGGGCGGCAACAUGGCCGCGCCCGGGCCGGCUCGAGCGGGUUGUCCCUAGCUGUAACUUCCGUUCGUAGUUCAUUUAGCGGGGCCGGAGCCCCGUCGCUCCGUCGGGGACCGAGACGACAUUUGUAAUAGAACGACAAAAAUAUGUGGUGCGAGUGAAUCCAGUGAAUUUACGAUAGAGACAUUUAACAAAUUUUGAAGUCGCCGCGCGUCGAGCGGUGUACACUGUACAAUGUACAUAGCGUAAGCGUAGGCUAAGUGCAGUCUUAGAUGUAGUAGGUAUAACAAAUUGUACGGCGGAGCUCGUUUGUUGAUCGUUUCGUGUUGUGUUGUUCCGUUUCGCUGCGAUUCCGUUAGUCAGUCGCGCGCUGCGGCCGAGGCUCCCGUUCGCUAUAUUUUUGUUUACGAGAGCGUAGUUUGUUGGCGAAAAGUUAUUUUUGUGAAAGUUUUCGUAGAGCCGAGGUCGCAGUGGCGUCGCGACGAUCAGUGGUGAUAUUUUACAAUAUAAUUUAUAUUAUGUUUUUAUAUAUUGAAUUAACAUGCGUAAUAAAGAGUGAGCAAUGGCACAUCUUAA